CAGACUGAAGUCCCUCAGCUUCUGAAGCUGGAUGUGCUGAAAAUGGUGCAGACAAAAUCAGCCCAGAGCCCCUCUACUCAAUCAACUGCCAUAGGUGCACAACCAGGUGUUAAUAGUAAAACAUGUAAUGUUCCAGAUGUCAGCACUUACCAGUAUGAUGAGACUUCAGGUUACUAUUAUGAUCCACAGACUGGUUUGUAUUAUGAUGCUAGUUCUCAGUACUAUUACAAUCCUCAAACCCAGCAGUUUCUUUACUGGGAUUCAGAAAAGCAAACUUAUCUUCCUGCACCAGUAUCAUCAGAGGAAUCUGCAGCUGGGAAAGAUGAAGGAAAGAAGCCAAAAGAGAAAGACAGACAAGACAAGGUGAAAGUGGCGAAGAAAAUAGCAAAGGAUAUGGAACGAUGGGCCAAAACAUUGAAUCAGAAGAAGGACAAUGCUCGUCAGAAUUUGGCUCUAGUUUCUAAUGUGCUUCCAUCAUCAAAAUCAGUUGGUGCGGCUGAUGCUGGUUAUGCAGUUCUUGAGAGGAAAGAACGCCCAACUUUGGACUUCCAAGUUACUCCCUUUGAUGAACCUGCAGAAAAGCAAACAGAUCCACCAUCUCCUCAGGAUAGCUCUGCUGGUACUGGAGGCCUGGUUGCAGCAUAUGGUGGUGGCAGUGAGAGCGACGAGGACAUUGAGGAUGUCAUCCAGGAGGACAGACAACACACAAAUUGGGCAAAACUGGCAUGUCUGCUGUGUAAACGUCAGUUCCCCACCAAGGAAUCUCUCAUUAGGCAUCAGCAGCUCUCAGACUUACACAAAUUGAAUUUGGAAAGUUGGUAUCAUGUCCGUGGUUUGGAUCCAAAUGAUCCUCAACAGAGGAAUAAGAAGUACCGGGACCGAGCAAAGGAACGACGCCAGAAGUUUGGAGAACCAGAACCUCCUCAUCCUAAUCACCUCAAGGAGAAGUACCUGAAAACAAGACAGGAUGCUGCUUCUGUUUCAUAUGAGGAGCCAACAAAGACUGGAAUUGGAUCUGAUAAUGUUGGUAACAAGUUGCUUCAGAAGAUGGGUUGGCAGGAAGGGAUGGGUCUAGGAAAAUCGAACCAGGGUCGUACUUCUAUUAUCCAGACUGAACAUCGUGCAACCACAGCUGGACUUGGUGCUAAAGGAGGAACAUAUGGAGCACUUCCUGGAGAAACAUACAAGGACUGUGUGAAGAAGAUGAUGUUUGCUCGCUAUCAAGAACUCUCAGAGCAGGAGCAUGAUGCCUAAGAAACUUUUGUUAGAAAGGUAAUCUUCAAUCUGAACACAGUAUGAACUCAGUUGUAGUGCUUCAUAAAUGUUGAAUACCCAGUCAAGUGGUUUUGACGUUUAUAGAUGUCAUGUGGUACUGUGUAUAUCGUAGUGGCCAUGAUGUCUGUAGACGUUAUGCAUGUUUCUAACUACUCCGUUAGAUAUAAUGCCAUUCAGAAAUGGAAACUUGUACAUUUUGCUUGCAAGAUGUUCUACUUACUUCAGAGUGUGACAGGAAGUUGUUGAUUGCUUGAUAGCUGUCCUGGGUUCGUGUUCUUUCAACUAAACAUUAUGGCAGGUCCUAGGAAGAAGAUGUGUGUAAGUGAUGAGAUGUUUUAUGAACUGUUACAAGAGAGUGAGUACAGUAGUGAUAAUGAAAUAAAUGUGAAAAUUUCAUUAGGUAGUGAGCAAAGUGUUAACUGUGAUGAAGCAGAAAAUGUCAGUGAUAGUGGUAGCAUGCAACCUGGCAUAUGUGCGAAUUCAAGUGCUGAGUGACCACAUUUUCCAUUUAUUGGCAAACCUGCAAUAAAGGUUGGUUUAGAAGACCCCAGUAACCACCUGGAAUAUUUUGAGUUGUUUUGUAUGCCAGACAUUGCUGAAGCAACAGCCAGAGGAACAAAUUGGUAUGCCCAAAAUUUUUUAGAAAAAAACACCUAAUCUAAAACUAAAAUCUAGGACUGAUCACUGGGCUGAUAUUGAAACCUACAUAAUUAUAAAGUAUCGAGAGUAUCUGCCACUUCAGUUGCAGCAGUGUUUCCAAUGGUAUAAUUUUAGUAUUGAUUUCAUAGUCUGUAAAAGAUCAUGUUUUUGCAGUGAUGUUUGGAAGAACAGUUUAGUUCAUUCAUCCAUACUAGCCUUGAGCUUGCCCACACAGCAAUAAGAAACUUUGUUUAUCAGUGAGGGAUCCACAGUGUCAAAAUAAGCCAAGUUGGAAGUGUGUGUUUUCACGAGACACACUACUAUGAGGAGCGUUCUGUAUAUAAUGCCUCCUAUUUUUUUAAUGAAAUCUACAACAGAUACAGGAAGCAUAAUAAUACAGUUAAAUAGAGCAAGAUUUCAGCUACUUACAGGUAUUUUUCCACGUAUCACCACCAUCCGUUAUGCACUUUGCCAGUGAUGAACAAGAGCAUGUAUGCCACGCCCAUAAAAGUCUGCACUGGCAGAGGCUAGCCACUCUCUUACAGCUGCAAUGACAGCAUCAUUGUCUGGAAAAUGUUGCCCACGUAGUCCAUCUUUCAUAGACCUAAAGAGAUGGAAGGUACUAAAUCGGGGCUAUAAGGUGGAUGUGGUAGGACAGUCCAGCCAAACUUUGCAGUGUGUGCGGUGGUCGCCAAACUGGUAUGGGGCCUAGCGUUAUCAUGUUGCAGGUGAAAGGUUGUCUGCUUCUCUGGCCGGACUCGGGAAGUGUGGGCUUUCAGCAUAGUCCGCGUCAUCUUGUAGCGUUCAGAAUUGACAGUCUCACCAGGCUCCAGGAAAUCCAAGAAAGUCACACCCUGCCUAUCC